AUGAACAACACCACACUGCAGUCGCGGCCAUACCGGAGCCACCGCGUGCCUGCCUGCGACAGAUGCCGACGAAGGAAGAUCCGGUGCAACAUUACGGCCACGGGACAGCCCUGUGAGCUUUGUGCCGAGAAGGGCCUGAGUUGCCUAUUUACGGGCACGCGUACAAGCAACGCCCGUCCGCCCGCCGCCCAUCCUGGCCGCCCAAGUCCUGCACGCGCAGGGAGAAGGUCCAGGUUGGAGAAUGCCCGGCCGUCGUCUGUUUCUAGAGCCCGCGCAUCCGACAGCGCCGUAAGCGAGGGGUCCCCCACAGCUCCUCGCCAUUUACGAGACACUUCUGCCCCCAGCACUCGCAAUGGAGAUCGUGCUGUAUCAGGCCCUGCCGGCGAGGCCUCCAUCGUAAUCGGGCCAUUGGUCGCUGAAGAUGUGCAGAUCCUUCAGCGAUACUUGACAGCGGAACCAAGGACCGGCUUGCAUUCCAGCCAACCGUACAGCGUGGUUUCAAAUGCUCCAGGUGAUCCCAUGAUAUACUUGGCGCUCCCCAGACAUAGAGAAGGACUGAAGCUUGCCAAAGACUCGGGUCGCAGCCAGCGAGAAAUCCUUGACCAGAUCCUGGGCCCCAAGAAGCAGGAGGUUGUUCAACUCUAUUUCACGCACAUCCAUCCAGCAUUUCCAGUGCUCGAUGAAGAGCUGGUCUCAGGACUAGAUGGCCCAACGCUUUCUUCUACGCUUCUUUGCGAAAUCUACGCGAUUUCUCUCACCUUCUGGAACUUUUCCGAUACGCUGAAGCACCACCAUUGUCCCAGCGAACAGUACUUCUGGAACCAUGCCAUCGCCGCGCUGCAAGAGGAUUUCCUUGCCCCAAAUUUGUACACGCUCUAUUCUUCUAUGGUUGAUUUGCUGGGAAGGCCCGUCGGAUCCAUCCAGGGCAACAUUAUGAAUUCCGGCAGGACGACGGCCUUGGCUCAUAGCCUCGGCUUGAACCGGGACCCAAGCGAAUGGAGAACCGCGACUCGGGAGAAGAAAAUGAGAAUUAGGAUAUUCUGGGGCUGCAUGGUUUUGGAUCAAUGGUCAAGCUUUGCUCACGGCGUUCCUCCAUCGAUAUUACGCAGACAAUACGACGUCCCGCUACCUACUCUCUCCAUGCUUUUGACGCCUGGAAACGAGACCAUUGAAAGAGUCCAAGCAGCGGAAUGCUUCAUACAGCUUUGCCGGCUAUCCCAGAUCCUCGGCGACGUGCUUCCAUUGGUAUAUGAUCUCUCAGAACCAGACAAGGAGAUCUGGAGGAAGCUACGACGCCUUGAAUGUGAUCUCGAUGAGUGGGAGCAAAAGCUUCCCGAAUUUCUUCAGGUCGGUGCCGUUGAAAAUGCAACAUCUGUCUCCGGGGCCAGUAGUCUACACUUUGGUUACCUGUCAGUCAGAAUGCUUACUUGUAGGUUAUCAUACCGGGUUGCUGCCCGUGAGAAGGGAUCGGACGCACCUGAUGUCCGUCAAUACCAUUUCACAACUCUCCGUCGUGCAGCCACACGCAUCGCCGAUUUCGUUUGCUUGCUCAAAAGUAGCCAUCUAAGGGAAUUUUGGCUUUCCUUUACUGGCCAUUUACUUGUCUCGGCUGCUACUGUCUUGCUACGUUGCGCUAUCGACACCGCCAACGCCACAGUCGCCGAAGAGUGUAGAAACACUCUAAAAACCCUUCGGAGAAGACUACACCUCGCCAAAAGCAAAGAUAAUUGGGAUCUCGCGGACAUGUUUAUCAAGCGUUGCGACGAACCCAUCUCCAGGAUCAUAGCACCAUUGGAUUUCCCAAUGAGGGAUCGCGAAGUCGGCACCGUACAUGCAACACAGGCCACUGAAGAGAACCAGCAAUUGGGAACCCAAGAAGAAACGCCUGAUCUUGGAACGAGCGGCUAUCCCGAGCUCAAUAUCCCGAUUGGUCCGCUGGAUUCAGAUUGCCCAUGGGAGUCAUUGUGGGACAUACUUGAAAGUUGA